UACAUCUUGAGAUUUUUUUUACUGUCCAUUAAACUUGUUUUAUAACAAAAAUUAGAAUUUUAUUUUUGUUUACAGGUUCGUGAGUCAGUGACAGGCAUGCUAGUUCCCUUUAUACUGCACAAAAACACAUCUUUCUCUUUUCUUUUCUAUUUUUCUUCCUCUCCACUUAAUCUGACACAAUAUUUUUGGGUGAAUGAGAUUCUAUCAUGUAAAAGAAGAAACUAAGUUUUUUUUCUUUCUUUUCUUGUUUUGAACAUCAAAUCAAAGUGAGGAAAACAACAACAUCCAUUUGAAAACUGUUUCAAACAUUUGAAAAAUAAAACAUCAUCAUUAUCAGUUACAGUUAGUUAAGGAUUCUCAAAUUAGUACUACUGGUGUUCUGUUUCUUGAAAAUAAAUUUCAUGUUGAAAAUGGUGAAACCAAGAGGAGUAGUUCUUCUUUGUUUUGCAUUGUUCUUGUUUUUGAGCUCUUCAAAUGCUUUACUUUCUCCUAAAGGUGUAAACUUUGAAGUUCAAGCUUUAAUGGGUAUAAAAGACUUUUUAAUGGAUCCGCAUGGUGUUCUUGAUAAUUGGGAUGGGGAUGCAGUUGAUCCAUGUAGUUGGACUAUGGUCACAUGUUCUAAUGAAAAUCUUGUCAUUGGCUUGGGCACCCCUAGUCAAAGUUUGUCAGGUACUUUAUCUCCAAGCAUAGGCAAUUUAACCAACCUUCAGAUUGUACUUUUACAGAAUAACAACAUAACUGGAUCAAUCCCUUCAGAAUUAGGAAAACUUCCUAAGCUUCAAACUCUUGAUCUCUCAAAUAACUUCUUCAGUGGUGAAAUUCCUCCUUCUCUUGGUCACCUAAGAAGUCUCCAAUACUUGAGGCUGAAUAAUAAUAGUCUUGUUGGUGAAUGUCCAGAAUCACUAGCUAACAUGACACAACUUGCUUUUCUUGAUUUGUCCUACAAUAAUCUUAGUGGACCAGUACCAAGAAUUUUGGCCAAAUCAUUCAGCAUUGUUGGUAACCCUCUUGUUUGUGCUACUGGAAAUGAACCAAAUUGUCAUGGAAUGACACUAAUGCCAAUAUCCAUGAACUUAAACAACAGUGAAGAUGCUUUACCAUCAGUCCGGCCGAAAACUCAUAAAAUGGCGAUGGCUUUUGGGUUGAGUCUUGGAUGUCUCUGCUUGAUAGUUAUUGGUUUUGGAGUUGUUCUUUGGUGGAGACACAAGCAUAAUCAACAACCAUUUUUUGAUGUCAAAGACCGGCAUCAUGAAGAAGUUUACCUUGGAAACUUGAAGAGGUUUCCAUUUAGAGAACUUCAGAUUGCAACUCACAACUUCAGCAACAAAAACAUACUUGGAAAAGGUGGUUUUGGAAAUGUGUACAAAGGAGUUCUAUCAGAUGGUACUAUUGUAGCUGUAAAGAGGCUUAAAGAUGGCAAUGCAGCUGGAGGAGAGAUUCAAUUUCAGACUGAAGUUGAAAUGAUUAGCCUUGCAGUGCAUAGAAACCUUCUUAGACUUUAUGGAUUUUGCAUGACACCAACUGAAAGGCUUUUGGUUUAUCCUUACAUGUGCAAUGGGAGUGUUGCUUCUCGAUUGAAGGGUAAACCAGUCUUGGAUUGGGGCACAAGAAAGAACAUUGCAUUAGGAGCAGCAAGAGGACUAUUAUACCUUCAUGAGCAAUGUGAUCCAAAGAUAAUUCAUAGGGAUGUAAAAGCUGCAAACAUAUUGCUAGAUAACUAUUAUGAAGCUGUAGUUGGAGAUUUUGGUUUGGCAAAGCUUUUGGAUCACCAAGAUUCUCAUGUCACAACUGCAGUGAGAGGAACUGUAGGGCAUAUUGCCCCAGAAUAUCUAUCCACAGGACAAUCUUCUGAGAAGACUGAUGUGUUUGGAUUUGGCAUUCUGCUUCUUGAAUUAAUUACAGGACAGAGAGCCUUAGAGUUUGGAAAAGCUGCUAACCAAAAAGGAGCCAUGCUUGAUUGGGUGAAGAAAAUUCAUCAAGAGAAGAAGCUAGAAUUGCUAGUAGACAAAGAUCUAAAAAGCAACUAUGACAAAAAUGAGCUUGAAGAAAUGGUUCAAGUAGCUCUCUUGUGUACACAAUACCUUCCAAGCAAUAGACCUAAAAUGUCUGAAGUUGUAAGGAUGCUUGAAGGUGAUGGACUAGCUGAGAGAUGGGAAGCUUAUCAAAAAACAACUGAUAAUUCCAAUGCCAAAUACAAACCUCAUGAAUCAUCUUUGUCAGAUAGAUAUUCUGAUCUUACUGAUGAUUCUUUGUUAUUAGUUCAAGCCAUGGAGCUCUCAGGACCAAGAUGAAUUGUUUAAUAUAUUUAUUUUUUUUUUUAUCUUAAAGUUUUCAAAAGAAUGAAUAGAAAAUUCAGGAAUUCAGAUUUCUUGCGGUAAAAGAAUCGCAAAUUCACGAAGUCGGGGUUUUGUGAUCCGUUUGAUUGGGAUCAAACAAUUAAAAAAUAUAUCUUUUUUAUUUUAAUUUUAUAAUUAAAAAUACUGAAUUUGAGUUUGGACCAUCUAAUUUCGAUCAAACGGCCACAAAUAUCCCGACUACGUAAAUGCAGCGAUUCUUAACUGCAUUGAAAAUGGGUCUGAAAUUAAACAGCAUAUGUUAAUUGAGUGUAUUUAAAUGUGUCUUGAAGAUUGUAUGUUGUAUGAUAUUAGGAGGUAUAUCAAAGCUGAAAAAGGUUUUGAUGAAGUUUUUGUUUACUUUGAAAUGUACAGAAUCUGAUUAAUUGAAUGUUGUUAUAUUAUUUUGUAAUUCAAAUUUUGUAAUGAUAAAAGAUUAACAAAGCCUGUAUUGGUUUUGAAGU